AUGCCAAAGUAUCGAGGCAAAUAUGAAUCACCAGACAGCCGAUUGUCAAACUAUUUGGAAUCGGUGGAAAAUCAUAGCACCGUUCAUUGGGGCGAUGAAAAAUGCUCAUGGCAGUUACCCUGGCACAGAAGUCGAUAUUCCAAGGACCUAUUGAACCGCCUCCCUUAUCAAAAGAACAAACUGCCCAGUGAAAGGAAAAAUCAACAGCCGAUGAAACGAUAUGCUUUUCUUUCACCAGCACCAGAAGACCACAUUGUACUUGAUGCCACGAAAUGUCAAAAAGUGCCAGUCAAAUUGAGCAUUCCGGUUUUCGAAAAUGAAGGCAAUCCGCAUCGCCCAUCUCCUGAGCGUGUUGGAAAACUUCAUGAUAAGAAAAUGAGCACUGUUUGCCAGUCCAACAGUGGAUUGGAUACCUUUGAUUGGUUGACCGAGUUUAUUGGUGAGCAGUUGGACAACCUUGCAAACUUCACUCCGUGUGUCGAAAAUCAUGAAACGAAGCGUAGAAAAACUGAUGAUGCUGAAGAAAAUGCUACCAUAAACUUUAUCUGCACCCCAUUAUUAGUCAAUGUCCCAACAAAGCAAGCAACAUCACUUUCCAGCGUUCGAUUUGUAACAACGGACAGUUUGAGAAAUUCGUUGCCACGUCAUGAGAAAUUGAGAGCAUCCGUUUAUGACUUCGGAGAAAUGAAAGCUUUUCUGGAUAACGCCAACAUCGAAUUGGAAAAACUAUUUCUACCGCGUGAUUCUGGUCUGAUUCCAAUUCCGUCAGAGAUUCUAGGAAACAGCUUGCCAUCACAGACAGCACUUUCAAUGGCUGAAAAAAUCGAUUUUGUUGAAAACUAG